UCAUUCUUUUUAAUUAGCUUUUUAAUGAUGAAUAUAUUAAUUGUUUAUCAAGUAUCAACUGAUGAUAGUGGUAAUUGUGAUAUGUCAUGUCCAAAAAAUCAAACAUGUUCAAAGUGUCCAUCUACAUGUGAAAAAACAUGUCAAACAUUUUUCGAACCUUCUUGUACUGAAGAAUGUAAUGAUAAGCCAAGUUGUCAGUGUGAAGAGGGAUAUGUACGCCAUAUAGAUUCACAGAAUUGCAUUGAGCCACCUGAUUGUGGAACUGGUGUAGCUCUCAAGAGACCUAGACCUGAAAAAUAAAUAUAGAAACAAUAAAAAAGUUUCUUAAUCAUUAAUAUUCAUUCAUUAGUGAAUUUGAUCAGUAAAUGAUAAAUAUG